UGUUUUCGCGAUGAAAGCUCCCCGUGUUGCGGGCGAGCCGUCGAAAAAAAAAAUCAAAAAUUAAAAUGCCGAGAGCCGCGUUGGUUCUCCUGCUAUGUUGCUGCCGAGUAUAUAAUCUGGCUGGAAGCUCCGAUCCCAUGCCUAUAUGGGAACGAUUUUUGUGCGGUAUGUCUGAUAUAGAACCACGAGCCAUCAUCAACGGACUGCGCGUCAGGGAUCGGAAAAUGCCAUGGACUGUGUUCCUCCAAGUGCGUUUCAACAAGCCUAGGCCACUGUGGGGAAACUGUGGUGGCACCAUUCUGACCAAGAAGCACAUCCUCACUGCUGGACAUUGCUUGUACUUUGAGAACCACUUAGGACAGCAUGUGCUCAUCCGCUACGGGAGCACCGUACUGGACCAGGCCCAGUCGCAAUUAAGCACCGUGUUCGAGGCCCACCCACGCUACAACGAUGACAACCUAGAAAACGACGUCGCCGUCAUCACUUUACCCAAGGCCCUGCACUUCACGGAACACGUACGCCCGGCCUGCUUUCCCAAGAACGACGUCCAGCUAACGGGACUGACGGGUGUCAUUGCAGGCUGGGGACACACGAGCCCCUCAGGACAGAAGGGUUACGUGAGCCCCUACCUCCAGUUCACCACUCAGACUUUCAUGGAUCAAGAAUACUGCUUCAAGAAGCUCGGCUCCGAGUACUACAACGUGAGCACAAUGUUGUGCGCAUACAAGGCUACCUACGAUGCGUGCCAGGGUGACUCCGGCGGCGGCAUCUUGGUUCCAUUUACGAACCGUUUCUACAUCGUGGGUAUCAUUUCGUUCGGCGUCGGGUGUGGGGACGUCCGCUACCCAGGUGCCUAUUCCAACGUCCAGGCGUUCAGAAACUGGCUUACGACGAAAGUGCACGAGUGAUAUCAGCAUCGUCCAAUAGCAAUAAAGCAUUCGCUUCUAUCGUAA